CCGGCUCCCUCCACGAUGGCCGGACUCCACAUGGCCUCCUUCCCCUACCCUGAGGGCCUGAGUGAAGUCUCCCCCCUCCAGCGAGCACAUCAUGGCCCCCGAGUCCUCUCCAAGCUGGAGGUGUUGAAGAAGGAGUACCAGGAGCGGACGCUGCAGGCCAAGGAGCAGAGGCUGCUGACAUUACACCCGCGGGUCAGCGGCUCCAGAGCCUGGCCUCUGGAGGAAAAGUCCUGGGCCUCAAACUGGACCGUGCCCAAAAGGACAGCCGGUGUGGACCGCGCCCACCCCCUCCAGCCCGUCCACCCCAUGCCCUUUGUCCGCUCCAAGUCAGGACCAAGCCGCGCCGAGCAGUGGCAGGAGCUGGAGAACCGCCAGAGGAAUCUGGAGGCUGAGAUCCGCAGGAAAGAGGCGCUGCUCCGCGAGAAGCUGCACCGGACAGAGGAAGAGCUGAGGCGCAUCCAGAGGGAGAAGGAGGAGGCCGACCAGGAGGAAAAAAGGGAGGCCAAGAGGAGGUCCAGAAGAAGCAGACUGGAGGAAGAAGACAGCGGGGGCAGUAAGGACCGUCCCCUCUCCAUAAACCAGUACAAUGCGGGCACAAAGGACCGUCCCCUCUCCAUAGACCAGAACAAAGCGGGCACAAAGGAUAAUCCCCUCUCCAUAGACCAGUACAAAGCGGGCACAAAGGACCGUCCCCUCUCCAUAGACCAGUACAAAGCGGGCACAAAGGACCGUCCCCUCUCCAUAAACCAGUACAAUGCGGGCACAAAGGACCGUCCCCUCUCCAUAAACCAGUACAAAGCGGGCACAAAGGACCGUCCCCUCUCCAUAGACCAGUACAAAGCGGGCACAAAGGAUAAUCCCCUCUCCAUAAACCAGUACAGUAAGAGCAAGAACAAUAAUCCCCUCUCCAUAGACCAAUACAGCAAGAAGGACCAUCCCCUCUCCAUAGACCAGUACAAUGCGGGCACGAAGGACAGUCCCCUCUCCAUAGACCAGUACAACACGGGUACGAAGGACCGUUCCCUCUCGAUAGACCAGUACAACAUGGGUACAAAGUAUCAUCCCCUCUCCAUAAACCAGUACAGAAAGAGCAAGAAGGACCGUCCCCUCUCCAUAGACCAGGACACCGAGGGCAGGAAGGACCGUCCCCUCUCCAUAGACCAGGACAGCGAGGGCAGGAAGGACCGUCCCCACUCCAUAGACCAGGACACCGAGGGCAGGAAGGACCGUCCCCUCUCCAUAGACCAGGACACCGAGGGCAGGAAGGACCGUCCCCACUCCAUAGACCAGGACACCGAGGGCAGGAAGGACCGUCGCCUCUCCAUAGACCAGGACAGCGAGGGCAGGAAGUACCGUCCCCACUCCAUAGACCAGGACACCGAGGGCAGGAAGGACCGUCGCCUCUCCAUAGACCAGGACACCGAGGGCAGGAAGGACCGUUUCCUCUCCAUAGACCAGUACAGUGAGGGCAGGAAGGACCGUCCCCUCUCCAUAGACCAGGACAGCGAGGGCAGGAAGUACCGUCCCCACUCCAUAGACCAGGACACCGAGGGCAGGAAGGACCGUCCCCUCUCCAUAGACCAGGACACCGAGGGCAGGAAGGACCGUCCCCUCUCCAUAGACCAGUACAGUGAGGGCAGGAAGGACCGUCCCCUCUCCAUAGACCAGGACAGCGAGGGCAGGAAGGACCGUCCCCACUCCAUAGACCAGGACACCGAGGGCAGGAAGGACCGUCCCCUCUCCAUAGACCAGGACACCGAGGGCAGGAAGGACCGUCCCCUCUCCAUAGACCAGUACAGUGAGGGCAGGAAGUACCGUCCCCUCUCCAUAGACCAGUACAGCGAGGGCAGAAAGGAUCGUACCCUCUCCAUAGGUGAAGCCUAUCCUUCCUUACAGGGCACUGUUCUAGACCCUCCGGGGGUGCAGGGCGGUGGACGCCCAUCAUUUCAGCACUCGGAGGAAGCGUUGCUUUACAGUAAGGCCCCUGAGAGCCCGGAGCAGCAGCUGGUACCAUGUCCGUUGUGUGGGCGACAUUUUGUGGAGCACCGUCUUCAGAAGCACACCGCAGUAUGUGAGCGAGCACAUGGCUCCAGAAGGAAGGUGUUUGACUCCUCCAAGGCCCGAGCCAAGGGAACAGAUUUAGAGCAGUAUCUUCUCAAGAUAGGAGGACAACCGUCCCCAGCCCCCCAGGUGAAAGCCAGCUCCUGGCGUAAGAAGCAUGAGUCUUUCUUGAGGACCAUUCAUCAGGCGCGAGUAGUGCAGGAUGUUGUUGCCAGAGGGGGAAGGAUAGCCGAUCUGCCCCCUGUGCCCCCAGAAGAUAACCCAGAUUACGUGGCUUGUCCUCACUGCAGCCGACGCUUUUCUCCACGUGCAGCCGAACGACAUAUUCCUAAGUGUGAGACAAUUAAAAGCAGACCCCGACCUCCCCCAUCCCGCCGCCGCUGACAGGUACGAGGCUUCCUACGUCUUUACACCAUGUUUGUCGUUUUAUGCCAUAUGUAUCUAUAAGGGGCUGCUGUAUUAGAAGACAGUGUCCCAUUAGAUCACAAUAAAAGGCAUACAGCAAAAAAAAGCUUAAACUGA